AUGAAAAUUCUUUCUUCUUCGACGUUUUAUAAGUUCAUGGUGCUCUUUUUAUACACAUUGGUUAUAUUAGAUUUAAAAAAAAAAGUAUUAGGAGCUAAUCGUCGAACUUCAUCCACACUUACAUCUUCAUCCACACUUAUGUCUUCAUCCACACUUACGUCUUCAUCCACACUUACGUCUUCAUCCACGCUUACGUCUUCAUCCACACUUACGUCUUCAUCCACACUUACGUCUUCAUCCACACUAAUAUCUUCAACCACACUUACACUUACAUUUUUACCCACAUCUUCGUAUACACCAUUACCUCAGUCCAAUAUAAGUGUAAUAGUAGGCAGUGUAAUAGGUUCCAUCGUGUUUGUUAGCGUACUAGCUGUUUCUGGCUUUAUAUUUUAUCGAAGACAAAGUGCUGGAAAUGCAAUAACUGUUGUGGCAAUGUAUGAUUAUGUUGGAAAAGAAGCAAAUGAUUUGAGUUUUAAGGCAGGAGAUGUGAUUGAAGUACUCGAGAAAGGAGAUGGACCUAAUGAUUGGUGGGUGGGUAGAUUACAAAAUGGCAUUAUAGGCGAAUUUCCUGUUUUAUAUUGGUUGAAUCGAAUAUAUGAUGAUAUCAAGAAGAAUGGAUUACGUUUGAAUCGAUAUACUUAUGAGACAUUAUUAAAUUUAUAUGUCAUCUCUGGUGAUAUUGCAAAAACAGAGUUAAUAUUUACUGAAAUAAUCAAAGAAAAUCUUAUUCCAACACGCAAAACGUAUAACAUAUUACUUCAUAUGUACGCACGUGUUGGAAAUAUUCGAAGAUGUUUGGAAUUAGUUCAAGAUAUGAAAAUGAAUUUAGUUCCACCUAAUUUAACAACUUACAACACACAUAUUUUAUCAUACGUACGUAAUUUAAACGUCACUGGGGCUCAUUUUAUAUUAAAAGAAAUGGAAAGACAAGGUAUAAAACCAGAUGUUAUCACAUUUAACAUAAUGAUUAAUGGUUUUUUAAAUUGUCAUGAUUUCAAAGGUGCAGAACAAUGUUUUGAUAUUAUGCUUAAUAUGGGAAUAGCUCCAAAUAUAAUUACAUUUAAUACUAUAAUGUCUGGCUAUUUGGAUGUUGGUGAUUUCCAAUCUGUAGAAGAUAUUUAUAAUAAAAUGCUCGAAUUAAAAAUACAACCUGGUUUAGAUACUUAUCAUAUUUUAGCUACAGCUUUUGCACGAAUGGAAAAAACAGAGAAAGUGUUAUUAAUAAUUGAUCAAAUAAUUGCUAACGGUUGGCAUGUUCUGAGGACAUAUAAUAUACUAAUUAAUAUGUACGUCAAAAUGAAUGACUUAGGGAUGGCGUAUGAUGUAUAUGACCGUAUAUUAUCUUCAGGUCUUCGACCUAACGUUGUGACAUUCAAUACCUUCAUCACAGGCCACAUAAAUCAACGAAAUUUGAAGGAAGCGUUGAAAUGUUACGAUGAAAUGUUAAAACAGGGGAUUUCACCAAAUGUGAAUGUUUUUAACAAUCUUUUAAGAGGUUAUUUACAUACUUAUGGUAUGCCAUCCUCACGAAAAAUAUUUGAACAAAUGGUCGAACAUCAUUUGGUUCCCGAUCAAGUCACUUAUAAUAUUCUUAUGCAAUAUAUCUGCGAACAAGACGAUGUUGAAAUUUUUGAAAAAGCAAUCGAACAAUACGUUGAGAUGCUUGGAAAUGAUCUUCGCCCUUCAAAUCGGACUUUUAACAUAUUAUUAAAUCUUGCGAUUAAAAAAAAUUUUAAUCAUAAUAGACUUUGUUUUAAUAAACAUCACGAGAAAUUAGAACAAAUACAAAAUUGUGAUAAAUCGACUGUUGAAUUAAUUUUAACAGAGAUGAUGUCGAAAUACGUUGUUUUGGAUGUCGUCACUUAUUCAAUCUUGAUGAAAGGAUUCGUUCAUUAUCGGCACAUGCAAGGAGCCGAAGAAUUGUUUCGUAAGAUGCAGGAGAACGGCAUUCGUCCAAACCAAUAUAUCUUUGACAUUAUGAUCGACGGAUACGCAAAGCUUCCAGAUAUGAACAAAGCACAGCGAGUGAUAACGAGAAUGUUGAAUUCAGGAUUUCAAAAGAAUACCAAAGUUUAUAAUUCGUUGAUAAAUGGAUAUGCAGCAGCUGGAGAUAUUAGCGCAGCACAUAAAGAAUUCGAAGAAAUGAAAAAAGCAGGAAUAAUACCAGAUAAAGUCAGUUACACAUCUUUGGUGGAUAUGUUUGCCAACAACAAAGACGUGAAACAUGCGCAACAAGCAUUCGAUUUCAUGUGUGCACAAGGAAUACAAGUUGAUUUGAUAAGUUUUACGGCACUAAUGAAAGCUUAUGCAAAAGUUGGCAAUGUUAAAGGUGCAUAUUCCGUUUUCGAAGCAAUGAUCGACGCAGGUUACGAGCCAGAUUCGUUGGCAGCCUCAACCUUACUUAGCGCAC